GGUGUUGGUGGUGGUGGUGGUAGUGGUGGUGGUGGUGUUGGUGGUGGUGGUGGUAGUGGUGUUGGUGGUGGUGGUGGUAGUGGUGGUGGUGGUGUUGGUGGUGGUGGUGGUAGUGGUGGUGGUGUUGUUGGUGGCGGGGGUGGUGACACGUUGUGGGGGCAGAGCAGGAGGAUCGUGGAUGGUGCUCGACCUCGUCCUGAUCUUCACAGCAACAACUACAUCAACAACAACAGCAGCAACAACUACAUCAUCAACAACAACAGCAGCAACAACUACAUUAUCAACAGCAGCGUCAACUACAACUACAUUAUCAACAGCAGCGUCAACUACAACUACAUCAUCAACAACAGCGUCAACAGCAGCAACAACUACAUCAUCAACAGCAGUAACACUACAUCAACAACUACAUCAUCAACAGCAGUAACAACUACAUCAACAACUACAUCAUCAACAGCAGUAACAACUACAUCAACAACUACAUCAUCAACAGCAGUAACAACUACAUCAACAACUACAUCAUCAACAGCAGUAACAACUACAUCAACAACUACAUCAUCAACAGCAGUAACAACUACAUCAACAACUACAGCAGCAGCAGCAGCACGUCCUGCCGGUUGACGAUGGGCGACCCGGGCAGCGCGCAGCGACUGCAAGAGGCGCACGCGAAGGUGGUCUCGGAUUGCAGGGCCAAGAUACAGCACUGGGAGAAGGUUCGGAUGGAUUAUAGUGUCUUGCGAGACCGCCUCAGCACCCUUCCCGAUCGCCUGCACUACAGCGUCAUGGUACCCAUGGGGCCCCUCGCCUUCAUGCCUGGCCACCUCAUUAAGACUAAUGAGGUGACGGUGCUGCUGGGAGACAAUUGGUUCGCCUCGUUAUCGGCCAAGCAAGCGGAAGGCAUCGCAGAGCACCGCAUGCAACACGUCCAGAAGACGAUCGACGACCUGGGCAGAGCGCAGGGGAGCGUUGAGUCCCGUCAGAGGUUCACCAGCGAGCUCGCGGGGCUGGACAAGGAAAGGGGGAAUAUGGAAAUACGGGAGGAGUUGGAGAACGAUGAACCGAGGCAGAAAGGAAAGCCGCGGGUGGCCCACAGCCCCCACUCGAGGCCCCCCCCCGCCCCUCCCCGCGAGACCCCGGCCGCACCUCCCGACCCCCGUCACCAGCGAGAGGACACGGAGGAGAUGAGUCGUAUCUGGGCGAGGCUGGAUGAGCUGGAGAGGGAGGAGGAGGCGAUGGAUGAAGUGUUCAGGGCAGAAGAUAGCAACCCUGCUGAUGCUGAUGAUGUUGCUGAUGGUGACAUUGCUGAUGAUAAUGCUGGUGGUGGUGGAGAUAUUUUGGAAGAUUCAGAGUCCAAUCAAAUCCACCGUCACAUAUCGGUAACCACCAAAAGUUCUAAAGAGGAGCAGGAGGGGUCUGCGUGGGAGGGCGAGGGGCUUGGCGACGACCUCACGGAGUGGGAGGGGACGCCCACCAUUCGCUUCUCCCACACGACGGAACCCAAGAAGGUGCGUAUCGACACCGGCAGGAACACGACGCUCAAGUUCAGCGAGCGGAGGGAGCAGCAGCAGCAGCAUCGUCGGCGCAGGCACAGCGGUGGUAGCAAUGGCGGCACCACCACUCUCCGCUCCCCGGCCGACAUCUACAGGUGGUUUGUGGACGUGGCGAGCGGCCACCGCCGCCCACGCAAGUCCAUCCUGAAGUCGCGCAGCCACGAGGACGGCCUGGGUAGCGACGAGUUCAGCUACGGCGGCUACGGCGGCAGCAGCAGCAGCAACAGUGGAAGCAGCAACGGCAGCAGCAGCUACAACGGCAGCAGCAAUGGCAGCAGCAGCAUCAGCGACUCCAUCAUUAGCGCCAUCAUCGCCGGUAGUGGUGGCGGUGGUGGUGGUUGUGCCGGAGAUGCGGUCUUCCAUCCUUCAGAGGGGGGUGAUGGCAACACAACCGGCAACAAUAACGUCAUCAGCAGCAGCAGCAACAAUAAGGUCACCAGCAGCAGCAACAACAAUAACAUCGACUCCACCACCAACAACUCAACUGCCACCAACUCCACCACCACCAACAACAACAUCACCUGUGAGUCAUCCAUCACGAGUCAGUCGCCCACCACCACCGACAGCAGCAGCAAGGAGGUGGUGGAGGAGGAGAUGUCAAGAUGUCCACUGCCUGAUGCGUUUUCUGGAGUUGUCUCGGAGAGAUCGGCCCAUGGCGCUCCGCCGUUGUCGCCGCCGCCAGCCACGGCGCCAGCCACGGCGCCAGCCACGGCGCCAGCCACGGCGCCAGCCACGGCGCCAGCCACGGCGCGCCGCCACCACGACGACGAUGGCGGCAGGGCAGGUGCGGGUGGUGACGGCUCCCACUCCGGCGAGCCUCCUGCUGCACCCAGACGCGUCUCCAAGUUCAAGGCGGAGCGACUCGCCUCCAUGCGGUGACGGCGACAACCACCACGCCGUGACGUGGCUGUGACACCGUAGCCGUGACGACGACCACGCCGUGAUGUGGCGGUGACAUCGUAGCCGUGACGACGACCACGCCGUGACGUGGCGGUGACAUCGUAGCCGUGACGACGAUGAAGGUGACGUAGCGGUGACAUCGUAGCCGUGACGACCAUGAAGGUGACGUAGCGGUGAUAUCGUAGCCGUGACGACGAUGAAGGUGACGUAGUGGUGACGGCACCAUGACGACGUAGCGAUGACGACGUAGCGACGACGCCGCAUCCUCGCCGCGUAGCGACCGACUGCGAGCGGUGAAUGAUGGCGUCGUUAGCCCCGCCCCACUGGCCCUGCUUGGCCCCCAGCCAGAUUCUUCAGACUCCGCCUCCGAGCGUGGCCGGCAGCAGCAG